UCAGCCCAUGUGGCGUGUCCGCGCGGGGACGGCCGCGGUUAAAUAGAGUCGGCGCCGGCCUAGAGGGAGCCAGAGAGACGGCAGCGGCCCGGGCCCUCCGCACCGCGCUGCAUCCUCGCUCCGCCGCCCGCCCCGCCGCCCGCGCCACCGCAGAGCAGCCAUGGAGGAGGUGGUGAUUGCUGGCAUGUCCGGGAAGUUGCCCGAGUCGGACAACAUGGAGGAGUUCUGGGCCAAUCUCAUCGGCUCCGUGGACAUGGUGACAGACGACGACAGGAGGUGGAAGGCAGGGCUCUACGGCCUGCCCAGGAGGUCCGGCAAGCUGAAGGACCUGUCCCGGUUUGACGCCUCCUUCUUCGGGGUCCACCCCAAGCAGGCCCACACGAUGGACCCGCAGCUGCGCCUGCUGCUAGAGGUCGCGUACGAGGCCAUCUUGGACGGAGGCAUCAACCCGGCGUCACUCCGAGGGACACGCACCGGUGUCUGGGUGGGCGUGAGUGGCUCUGAGGCCUCAGAGGCCCUCAGCAGAGACCCCGAGACCCUCUUGGGCUACAGCAUGGUGGGCUGCCAGCGUGCCAUGAUGGCCAACCGCCUUUCCUUCUUCUUUGAUUUUAAAGGGCCCAGCAUCACUCUAGACACGGCCUGCUCCUCCAGCCUGAUGGCUCUGCACAGCGCCUACCAGGCCAUCCGCAGCGGGGAGUGCCCGUGCGCCAUCGUGGGUGGCAUCAACAUCUUGCUCAAGCCCAACACUUCUGUACAGUUCAUGAAGCUGGGUAUGCUGAGUCCAGAGGGCAUCUGCAAGUCCUUCGACGAGGCUGGAGCCGGCUACUGCCGGGCGGAGGCCGUGGUGGCCAUGCUGCUGACCAAGAAGUCCCUGGCCCGGCGAGUGUACGCUACCAUCCUGAAUGCCGGCACCAACACGGAUGGCUUCAAGGAACAAGGUGUGACCUUCCCCUCCGGGGAGGUGCAAGAGCAGCUCAUCCGCUCCCUGUACGAGCCGGCGGGGCUGGCCCCAGAGUCCCUCGAGUACAUCGAAGCCCAUGGCACGGGCACCAAGGUGGGCGACCCCCAGGAGCUGAACAGCAUCGACCGAGCCCUUUGCGGCACCCGCCGGGAGCCCUUGCUGAUCGGGUCCACGAAGUCCAACAUGGGGCACCCGGAGCCCGCCUCGGGGCUCGCGGCUCUGGCCAAGGUGCUGCUGUCUCUGGAAUAUGGGCUCUGGGCUCCCAACCUGCACUUCCACAGCCCGAACCCUGAGAUCCUGGCACUCCAGGAUGGGCGGCUACAGGUGGUGGACCGGCCCCGGCCUGUCCGCGGAGGCAACGUGGGCAUCAACUCCUUCGGCUUUGGCGGCUCCAACGUGCACGUCGUCCUCCAGCCCAACACGCGGCCACCCAGGCUGACCACCCCACACAUCACUUUGCCCCGUCUGCUGCGGGCCAGCGGGCGGACCCCGGAGGCCGUGCGGUGCCUGCUGGAAAAGGGCCAGCAGCACAGCCGGGACGUGGCCUUCAUGACCAUGCUCAAUGACAUCGCGGCCAGCUCCCCCUCCGCCAUGCCCUUCCGGGGCUACACCGUGCUGGGCGGCGAGGACAGCAGCCAUGAGGUGCAGGAGGUGCAGCAGCUGCCUGCCGGCCGGCGUCCCCUCUGGUUCAUCUGCUCUGGGAUGGGCGCACAGUGGCGCUGCAUGGGGUCGAGCCUCUUGCGCCUGAGCAGCUUCCACGAUUCCAUCCUGCGCUCCAGCGAGGCCCUGAAGCCCCUGGGCCUGCAGCUGCCUGAGCUGCUGCUGAGCACGGACGAGACCACCUUUGACGACAUCGUCCAUGCCUUCGUGAGCCUCACCGCCAUCCAGAUCGCCCUCAUAGACCUGCUGACCUCCAUGGGCCUGCGACCCGACGGCAUCAUCGGGCACUCCCUGGGGGAGGUGGCCUGCGGCUACGCAGACGGCUGCCUUUCUCAGGAGGAGGCCGUCCUCACUGCCUACUGGAGGGGCCAGUGCAUCAAGGAGGCCAGCAUCCCACCAGGGGCCAUGGCGGCCGUGGGCCUAACCUGGGAGGAGUGUAAACGGCGCUGUCCCCCUGGCGUUGUGCCCGCCUGCCACAACUCUGAAGACACAGUGACCAUCUCGGGACCUCAGGCUGAGGUGGCCGCGUUUCUGGAGGAGCUGAGGCAGGAGGGCGUGUUUGCCAAGGAGGUGCGCACGGGCGGCAUGGCCUUCCACUCCUACUUCAUGGAGUCCAUCGCCCCCACGCUGCUGAAGGCCCUCAAGAAGGUGAUCCGGGAGCCAAAGCCCCGCUCCGCGCGCUGGCUCAGCACGUCCAUCCCCGAGGCCCAGUGGCAGGGCAGCCUGGCCCGCACGUGCUCGGCGGAGUACAGCGUCAACAACCUGGUGAGCCCCGUGCUGUUCCAGGAGGCGCUGUGCCACGUGCCUGAGCACGCCGUGGUGGUGGAGAUCGCGCCUCACGCCCUGCUGCAGGCCGUCCUGAAGAGAGGCCUCAAGCCCAGCUGCGCCAUCAUCCCCCUGAUGAAGAAGGAGCAGAAGGACAACCUGGAGUUCUUCCUCAGGAACACGGGCAAGCUGCACCUGCUGGGCAUGGACGCCAACCCCAACGGCCUGUUCCCACCCAUGGACUUCCCGGUUCCCCGGGGGACCCCUCUCAUCUCCCCCCACAUCAAGUGGGACCACAGUCAGAUCUGGGACGUGCCUGCCGCCGAGGACUUCCCCAACGGCUCCAUCGGCUCGUCCGCUGCCACCAUCUGCAAGAUUGACACCAGCCCCGAGUCCCCUGACCGCUACCUGGUGGACCACUGCAUCGAUGGCCGCGUCCUCUUCCCUGCCACCGGCUACCUGUGCCUGGCCUGGAAGAUGCUGGCACGUGCCUUGAACCAAAACAUGGAGGAGAUGCCCGUGGUGUUUGAGGACGUGACGCUGCACCAGGCCACCAUCUUGCCCAAGACCGGGACCAUGGCCCUAGAAGUGCGGCUUCUAGAGGCUUCCCAGAGCUUCGAGGUGUCUGAGAAUGGCAACCUGAUAGUGAGCGGGAAAGUGUACCAGUGGGAGGACCCUGACCCCAAGCUGUUCGACCUCCAUGGUGACGCGGACCCCGUGGACCCCACGGACCCCGCGGACCCCAUGGCCGCGUUCCGCCUCACCCAGGGGGACGUGUACAAGGAGCUGCGGCUGCGUGGCUAUGACUACGGCCCCCACUUCCAGGGCAUCCUGGAGACCAACCUUGAAGGCAAAGCCGGCCAGCUGCUGUGGAAGGACAACUGGGUGGUCUUCCUGGACGCCAUGCUGCAGACGUCCAUCCUGGGCAAUCCCCAGCGCACCCUGUGCCUGCCCACCCGCAUCACCUCCAUCCACAUCGACCCCGCCCUUCACCAGCAGAAAGUGUACUCGCUGAAGGGCGAUGCCCGAGUGGUCGACGUGAAGGUGAGCAGCUGCCUGAACAGCACGGUAGCCGGCGGUGCCCUCAUCUUGGGCCUGCACGCUUCUGUGGCCCCAAGACGGCAGCAGGAGCAGCGUGCACCCAUCCUAGAGAAGUUCUCCUUCACCCCCUACAUGGAGGGAGGCGUCCUGGCUGGAAACGCAGCCCUGCAGGAGGAGCUGCAGCUGUGUAGGGGGCUGGCACAAACACUGCAGACCAAGGUGGCCCAGCAGGGCCUGAAGAUGGUGGUACCCGGGCUGGACGGGGCCCAGGUCCCCCGCGAGUCCCCACAGGGAGGCCUGCCUCAGUUGCUGGCAGCUGCCUGCCAGCUGCAGCUCAAUGGCAACCUGCAGCUGGAGCUGGCCCAGCUCCUGGCCCAGCAGAGGUCCCUGCUGCACGAUGACCCCCUGCUCUGCGGCCUUCUGGACUCCUCGGCGCUGAAGGCGUGCGUGGACACCGCCCUGGAGAAUAUGACCAGUCUCAGGAUGCACAUAGUGGAGGUGCUGGCCGGUGAUGGUCGCCUGUACACCCGCAUCCCCACGCUGCUCAGCACCCAGCCCUUGCUGCAGCUGGACUACACAGCCACCGACCGCCACCCUCAGGCCCUGGAGGCCACCCAGACCAAACUGCAGGAGCUCGGGAUGGCCCAGGGCCAGUGGGACCCCGCCCAGCCCGCCCCCAGCAACCUGGGCACGGCCGACCUGCUGGUGUGCAACUGUGCAGUGGCCACCCUCCCCGACCCAGCCUCGGCCCUCAGCCACAUGGUGGCCGCUGUCAGGGAGGGCGGCUUCUUGCUGCUGCACGCCCUGCUCAGGGGACACCCCCUGGGAGAGACCGUCGCCUUCCUCACCAGCCCUGAGCAGCAGCAGCAGCAGCAGCAGCAGCAGCACAGGGGCAGCCAGAGCCUCCUGAGCCAGGACGAGUGGGAACGAGUGUUUGCAGGCGCGUCGCUGCACCUGGUGGCCCUGAAGAGGUCCUUCUACGGUUCCGCGCUCUUCCUGUGCCGCCGGCCGGACCCCCAGGACAGCCCCGUCUUCCUGCCUGUGGAGGACACCAGCUUCCGAUGGGUGGACUCGCUGAAGAACAUUCUGGCCGACAGCUCCUCCCGACCCGUGUGGCUGACGGCCACUAACUGCGUCACGUCGGGCGUCGUGGGCAUGGUGAACUGUCUCCGCAAAGAGCCCAGUGGGCACCGGGUUCGAUGCAUCCUGGUGUCCAACCUGAGCAGCACAUCCCCCAUCCCCAAGAUGGACCCCAGCUCCUCAGAGUUGCAGAAGGUGUUACAGGGGGACCUCGUGAUGAACGUCUACCGGGACGGGUCCUGGGGAGCCUUCCGCCAUUUCCCACUGGAGCACGGCCUACCAGAGGAGCAGACUGAGCACGCCUUCGUGAAUGUCCUCACCCGGGGAGACCUCUCCUCCAUCCGCUGGGUCUGCUCUCCUCUGCGUCACGCCCAGCUCACCGAGCCUGGGGUCCAGCUCUGCACCGUCUACUACGCCUCCCUUAACUUCCGAGACAUCAUGUUGGCCACGGGCAAGCUCUCCCCCGAUGCCAUCCCAGGAAAAUGGGCCACGCGGGACUGCAUGCUGGGCAUGGAGUUCUCCGGCCGAGACGCCAGUGGCAAGCGCGUGAUGGGACUGGUGCCCGCUGAAGGCCUGGCCACCUCCGUCUUGCUGUCUCCGAACUUCCUGUGGGACGUGCCGUCCAGCUGGACCCUGGAGGAGGCAGCGACCGUGCCCGUGGUGUACACCACCGCCUACUACUCGCUGGUGGUGCGGGGGCGCGUGCAGCGUGGGGAGACAGUGCUCAUCCACUCGGGCUCGGGCGGCGUGGGCCAGGCCGCCAUCGCCAUCGCCCUGAGCCUGGGCUGCCGCAUCUUCACCACUGUGGGCUCGGCCGAGAAGAAGGCGUACCUCCAGGCCAGGUUCCCCCAGCUCAGUGACGCCAGCUUUGCCAACUCCCGGGACACGUCCUUUGAACAGCACGUGCUGCGGCACACGGCCGGGAAGGGUGUCGACCUGGUUCUGAACUCUCUGGCCGAAGAGAAGCUGCAGGCCAGUGUGCGGUGCCUGGCCCAGCACGGCCGCUUCCUGGAAAUCGGCAAAUUCGACCUUUCCAACAACCACUUACUGGGCAUGGCCGUCUUCCUGAAGAACGUGACCUUCCACGGGAUCCUGCUGGACGCGCUCUUUGAGGAAGCAGGCCACAGCUGGUGGGAGGUGGCCGCGCUGCUGCAGGCGGGCAUCCGGGACGGUGUAGUGCGGCCCCUCAAGCGCACCGUGUUCACCAAGAACCGGGUGGAGGACGCCUUCCGCUUCAUGGCCCAAGGGAAGCACAUCGGCAAAGUGGUCGUGCAGGUGCUCGAGGAGGAGCAGGAGGCGGCGCUACAGGUGACCAGGCCCACCAUGACGACAGCCGUGUCCAAGACCUUCUGCCCGGCCCACAAGAGCUACGUCAUCACCGGGGGCCUGGGCGGUUUCGGCCUGCAGCUGGCCCAGUGGCUCGUGUUGCGAGGAGCCCAGAAACUCGUGCUGACCUCCCGCUCUGGGAUCCGCACAGGCUACCAGGCCAAGCUCAUCCGUGAGUGGAGGCGCCAGGGCGUGCAGGUCCUCAUCUCCACCAGCAACAUCGGCUCGCUAGAUGGGGCCCAGAGCCUCAUCGCUGAGGCCGCGCAGCUGGGGCCUGUGGGAGGAGUCUUCAACCUGGCCGUGGUCCUGAGAGACGCCAUGCUGGAGAACCAGACUCCUGAGUUCUUCCAGGACGUCAACAAGCCCAAGUACAGUGGGACCGUGAACUUGGACAGGGUGACACGGGCGGCAUGCCCCGAGCUGGACUACUUUGUGGCCUUCUCGUCUGUGAGCUGCGGGCGCGGCAACGCUGGCCAGACCAACUACGGCUUCGCCAACUCCACCAUGGAGCGCGUGUGUGAGAAGCGCCAGCACGACGGCCUCCCAGGCCUCGCCGUGCAGUGGGGCGCCGUCGGCGAUGUGGGCAUCGUCCUGGAGACGAUGGGUUCCAACGACACGAUCGUCGGUGGGACGCUGCCUCAGCGGAUGACCUCCUGCUUGGAGGUGCUGGACCUCUUCCUGAACCAGCCCCACCCCGUCCUGAGCAGCUUCGUGCUGGCUGAGAAGAAGGCCGCCACCCAGGGUGAUGGCAGCACCCAGCACGACCUCAUGAAGGCUGUGGCCCACAUCCUGGGCAUCCGGGACCUGGCCACCGUCAACCUGGACAGCACACUGGCGGACCUGGGCCUGGACUCGCUCAUGGGCGUGGAGGUGCGCCAGAUGCUGGAGCGCGAGCACGACCUGGUGCUGUCCAUGCGGGACAUCCGCCAGCUUACGCUCCAGAAGCUGCAGGAGCUUUCGUCGAAGGCUGGCACGGCUGACGAGCGGGGGGCGCCCACACCCAAGCAGGACAGCCCCACCUAUCAGCAGGCGCAGCUGAACCUCAGCACCCUGCUGGUGAACCCGGAGGGCCCCACCCUGACGCGGCUGAACUCCGUGCAGAGCUCAGAGCGGCCUCUGUUCCUGGUGCACCCCAUCGAAGGCUCCAUCACCGUGUUCCACAGCCUGGCCGCCAAGCUCAGCAUCCCCACCUAUGGCUUGCAGUGCACUGGAGCUGCGCCCCUGGACAGCAUCCAGAGUCUGGCCGCCUACUACAUCGAGUGCAUCCGGCAGGUGCAGCCCGAGGGGCCCUACCGCAUUGCGGGCUACUCCUACGGGGCCUGUGUGGCCUUCGAGAUGUGCUCGCAACUGCAGGCGGCACAGCAGAGCCCGGCCCCCACACACAACAGCCUCUUCCUGUUCGACGGCUCGCACAGCUACGUGCUGGCCUACACGCAGAGCUACCGAGCCAAGAUGACCCCCGGCUGCGAGGCGGAGGCCGAGGCGGAGGCCAUGUGCUUCUUUGUGCAGCAGUUCACCGACAUCGAGCACGACAAGGUGCUGGAGGCACUGCUGCCCCUUGGGAGCCUGGAGGAGCGCGUGGUGGCCUCCGUGGACCUGAUCCAGCACAGUCACGCGGGCCUGGACACCCGCGAGCUGAGCUUCGCCGCGCGCUCCUUCUACCACAAGCUGCGCGCCGCCGAGCAGUACACGCCGCAGGCCACCUACCACGGCAACGUGACGCUGCUGCGCGCCAAGACGGGCAGCAUGUACGGCGAGGGCCUGGGCGCCGACUACAACCUGUCCCAGGUGUGCGACGGCAAGGUGUCCGUGCAUGUGAUCGAGGGCGACCACCGCACGCUGCUGGAGGGCAGCGGCCUGGAGUCCAUCCUCAGCAUCAUCCACAGCUCCCUGGCCGAGCCGCGCGUCAGCGUGCGGGAGGGCUAGCCACGCCGCGGCCCAGGGGUGCCCGGGGGUCCUGCCGGUGGGACCUCUGCCCGCGCCCUGCGCGCCACCGCCGCCGCCUCGGAGACCUGCUCUGGUCUGUGAAGAGUCGGCCGGGCGGAGCCUGGUGUGCCGCGUGGGUCCGUUCCUCGGUUCUCCAUUCAGUUCUCCUAUUUAUUGCGUCGCUGGGGAGACGCCGGGGCCUCGUCCACCCGGUGAAGGCCGGCGGCGCAGGAGGCCCGGCCCAGGGACCCCAUGAUGCAGGGGCCUGUGGAAAGGAGCAGCCCCGGGCGCCGGGCACCCACUCUGUUUGUCUGUAUUCGUUUUUCAAGAAAUACGAUUCAAAUUGC